AUGUUAAAAUUUUGUGAAUUUUGGGGAAUUUUGCAGCUGAAAUAUGAAGCACCAGGAGCAGUUGAAUUAGGGAAGAGGGUUAAAGAGUUGUUAAUGGGAGGAGGAAUGAAACGUGUUGAUGAAGAUACAGAGAGAGGACUUGAUCAUGGAGCUUGGGUUCCAUUAAUGUUGAUGUAUCCAGAAGCUGAUAUACCAAUUUGUCAACUCUCUGUUCAAUCAUCUCAAAAUGGGACUUACCAUUACAAUAUGGGUAAAGCAUUAGCUCCAUUGAAAGAUGAAGGUGUUCUUAUCAUUGGCUCUGGAAGUGCUACUCAUAACUUGAGGAAACUCGAUUUUAAUGCCGCUAAUGGCACUCCCGUUCCUUGGGCUUUAGCGUUUGAUCAUUGGCUUAGAGAUUCUCUACUUCAAGGAAGGUAUGGAGAUGUGAAUGAAUGGGAAGAGAAAGCUCCGAAUGCGAAAAUGGCGCAUCCAUGGCCUGAGCAUUUUUACCCGUUACAUGUUGCGAUGGGUGCAGCUGGUGAAGAUGCAAAGGCUGAGCAGAUCCACACAAGCUGGCAACUUGGUACCUUGUCCUAUUCUUCUUAUAGCUUCACCUCUUCCCUUUGA